UCGGCAGCAGUCAUUUCUUAUUUGUGGAAAAUUCUCUAAAAUCUAUGCUUAUCAAACUAGUGAAAACAGCACUUGAAAUGAGGGACAUUUAUAUAACGACAAAUGACAAUAAUGACGUAGAGAAAGAGAGUGAAAGUCAAGACUCCUUUACUUCCGACCAGACAAUGCAGCUGAGAAGGAGUAUGUUUGGAAUAAAAUCCACUUUGUAUAAAAGCUCGAAAAGAAAUAGCUUGGAAGACUUUGAUGACAUUCGGAGCAUAUUAUCUCACAGCAAAGUUGAAGAGAACUGGGAAUCACAUAUUAAUGAAGACGGAGGAGUUUUCUAUGUUGACGUCACAAAGGACGCUGACCAGUCACAGAAGAGAAGACGACAUGGACCUGCUAGCGCACGUGCUAGACAUCGCCGCAGACGACUAAAUGAUCAUCAUUGCCAAUGUCAUUUUCAACCAGAAAAUGAAACAAAAUCAGAGAUUCGAAACGAAGUCAGGAUCAGAAAUGGUGUGAAUACUCCUUCAAAUUUUGAUAUUCGAACUGUAAAUAUAAACUACCUUGAAAGUUUGAUAGAUUAUCAAUCUCAAAUUCUAGCAAGUGGAGAAAAUAAUAACAAUAGAACUACAUUUGAUGAAACACACAGCACUCCAGAAAUAACAACAGAUCUUAGACAAAUUUAUGUGCUGCCCAAAGAACAUACCCAAUGUUCCCGAUUGCACCAAGACUCUUUUUCUAGGAUAAUUCAUUUUCAUGCCUACUUUGGAGCUUUUUUGUGCCACCAUAACCAAUGUGCUCAGCCAAAAGCCGGAAUUUUCCAAGGUAUGGUAGAGGAGACUAAAUUUCUCGUUCAGUAUGUGGAACCAGAUAGUCCAGCUGCAAAAGCAGGUGUUAAGAAAGGGGAUAUUCUUCUCUGUUUGGAUGACAUAGAGGUUUCACUUUACAUGGCAGAACGAUUACUUGAAAGUCCACCAAAACAUUCAGUAAAAUGGACUUUGAAGACCACGGAAGAAAUCAAUUCAGAGUCUCCCAAUCUGAUUCUAAAACCACUUCUUGGAGAACCCUCAACAGAACAACUAAAAACUAGAAAGCAAGUUCGGAAGAGUCUAUUUCAACUUCUUUCCCGUGGAGUGAAUCCGAAGAUUUCGUCGUUUUUAAAAAAGCUAACUCAACACUUUGUUUCUGACGUUGAACUCGAGGAAUUGAAAGUUAGGUAGUCAAAAAUGAUUAGAGUGACAUCAAAAUUUGUGUGUGUUCAUUUAACAAGCAUUUGGCUGUGGUGCUUUAUUAUUUAAGAGUUUUUAAGGAAUAUGUAAGUUAAUGAAUAUUCUGCAUUACAACAGAAGA